CAUGACCCUCUAUGGCAGGAAGUUAAUGGUGAAGAAUUUAUCUGUUUUAUCGUUAUUUCUGGACCAUGUCUCUCGCUGAUGAACUACUGAAUGACUUUGAGGACGGUGAUGAAGAUGAGUUACUCUCUAAUGACCUCCAGAACAGAGAGGGUGAUAAUGGUGAGGUUAUGGAGGUGGAGUUUAAGGUCCCUAUGGCCCUCAAGCCCGCCUUAACCUCAGUCCGUCAGGUGGCUGGUCUAUGGGACUCUGAUAAACUCAAGGACAUUAAACAACAUAUUGAGAAGUAUGCGUCCAAGCAGAGGGAAUCGGAUGACCUGCAGGGUUCAGUGGAGACCGAUCCGGAGUAUAAAUUGAUCGUCGAGGCGAAUAAUAUUAAUGUGGAUAUCGACGACGAGAUCGGGACGAUUCAUAAGUUCGUUAAGGAGAAGUACGCCAAGAGGUUCCCCGAGCUGGAGUCGUUGGUGGUUAACCCGUUGGAGUAUCUCAAUGCCGUCAGGGAGUUGGGGAACGACGUGGAUAAGGUGAAGAACAGCGAGGCCCUGGCGUUGAUCCUGACGCAGGCGACCAUUAUGGUGGUUAGCGUCACGGCGUCCACCACGCAGGGGACGCUCCUCACCCGGGACGAACUGGACGCCAUCGAGGAAGCUUGUAAGAUGGCUCAGGACCUAAAUACCUUCAAGAUAAGAAUCCUGGAUUACGUCGAGAGCAGGAUGAGUUUUAUAGCACCGAACCUCUCCUGUAUAGUGGGAGCGUCCACGGCGGCCAAGCUGAUGGGCGUGGCCGGGGGACUCACAAAUCUGGCCAAACUGCCGGCCAGUAACGUUUUGCUGAUCGGGAAACAGAAGAAAACUAUGAUCGGGAUGGCUCAGACCUCCAUGUUGCCUCACACCGGCUACAUUUACUACUGCGACAUAGUCCAAGAGACUCCGUCCGAUCUCCGUGCCAAAGCCGCUCGUAUAGUAGCGGCCAAGGCUACCCUGGCGGCGAGGGUCGACAGUAUGCACGGGAGCCCCAGCGGCACCCAGGGGCUACGUCUGAGGGAGGAAGUGGAGAAGAAACUGGACAAGUUACAGGAGCCGCCGCCGGUCAAGUCGAUCAAGCCUCUGCCGCAGCCCAUUGACGCCCCGGGUAAGAAGCGUGGCGGCCGCCGGGUGUUGAAGAUGAAGGAACGGAUGGCGGUAACAGACCUGCGUAAAGCUCAGAACAGAAUGAACUUUGGUGAGAUAGAGGAAGAUGCUUAUCAAGAUGACCUGGGCUACACAAGAGGUCAACUGGGGAAGGGCGGUGCUGGUCGUAUACGCAAGAUAACGGUCGACGAGAAGACCAGAGUACGUCUGUCUAAAACACUACAGAAGGAGGUUCAACGGCAGUCGUCACUGGGCGGACAGACGACAGUACGCAGACAGGUCGCUGGUACGGCUUCCAGUGUGGCGUUUACACCACUCCAAGGGCUUGAGAUCGUUAACCCCCAGGCAGCAGAAAACAACAGCCAAUCAAAAGCUAACAAAUAUUUCUCUAAUGUUUUGGGUUUCAAGAACGUGACCAAAUAAUACGGAAUUGUUUAUUGUUUCCUGAAUUAGAGGAAUUUUUUCUUAUACAGCUGUAAUGUGAUUGAGUGUAAUGAGAGGUACAGUACAUCAUUACAGGAUUAACCAAGUAAUUCUCACCUGUUGAGUUGUUUUCUCCUGGUGACUGAUCGAUGAACCGGUAAAAUUGCAGAUUACAGCAACCAAAGAAUCUGGUAAUAAAAAAAUGUUUUACCUAACCAAAGAAUCUGAUAAAAAAAUGUUACCUAACCUAAUCCAACCAAAUGUAAUACAAGAAAAUGGUCAUAGAAAAAGAGUAGGUCUAUCAAUUGAGUGUAGUGAUCUAACGGUAUUCUGCGGUUGCCGUUUACUGCAAUAUUACCGAUGAAACUGCUUUACCAUAUUACAAAAUCCUUCCCAGAACAAUAAACGUUUGAUUUCACCAGAAUAAUAAACCUUUGAAUUCAAUCUGUAAACCCAUUGUAUUUAUUAUUUCUAAGACAAAUCAGCCAGUCUCAGUUGAGGUCAUGUUAGUCAGUUCAGUGUCCUCCAUGGCAAGUGUUGUCAGAGAUCAGAUGAGUUUUAUUGUCUAAAUCAGUUCACUAAGGAGAUGUCCCAAUCAGUUCACUAUGAAGGUGUCCCAUGGCAGGUCGUCCCACACAAUGAUAAUCAAGGGGGUGUAGCUGGCCGAAUUUCAACAGGUUAAAGAACUUAUGCCCCCAAGAUGUUUGGUCAUUUCUCUGGCUAAAGACCAAUUAUGUAGGUGCAUUAAUGUAGGAUUAUUAUAUAUGAAGGUGUGAGGACAUUUAGAUAACGACAAAUAAUCCUGAACGAUGAAUUCACGGGUAAAUGUCCUAAAAAAAAAUCUUGAAAAUCGUGUUCUCAGUUUUGUCUCUCAGCCUUGUUUGUUUUCUUGUGUUUUCAGUGAUUGAAUUUUUCAGAGCUACGCAUUUUUUGGACUAUGAUGAUCAUGUAAUUAUGUCAUUAGCUAAACAAUUAUUGUAAAUUUAUAUAUAUUAUAUUUUGAAAGUAUA